GCCUAUACUGUAUGUUACCGAAACCUAUCCCAAACUGUGCUCCGCAACCGACGGUCGGACUUGCUUUCCUUCAUCACCUCAUGUCUGCUGCAUCGCUGGCUAUCCCUCGGGUCUAGUUCACCUUUGGCCCGUUACAGUUGGCUGCUCAACGCCAACGCGAGCCUUUGCUUUCUGCCCUAUCUGCAGCACUGACGCACAGGUCGGCAACUCGCUGGGUGUCCCUCAAGUUGGCCGUCGGCAUCUUGAGACGCAUGACACAGUGGCAAGAUCCCUCGGUUCUUGGUUUUUGCGCCUUCGUAUAUAACCAGAUUGCGGUCUUCCUGCUUGGCUUCUUGAGCAAUCAUGUCACCACAAAUCUUGACAUCGAAUGGUCUCUGAUCACUCGAAGACGCCGCUUUAGCCCAGCCUUAGUCCCUUACUUGCUAGGCCGUUAUUCCAUAUUGGUCGUCUUGAUAGCCUUCAUCGUAUUGAAUCAUGUCCGAUCUAAGGUCGAAUGUGAUGCAACGUACAAGGCACUGGCCCUGCUAGGGAGUCUUGGUUCAUUCUGUUCGACUUUGAAUCUCAACAUCAGGACAUACAUCAUCUGGAAGGGCGUGAACAGAUGUGUCGUUUCCGUUCUGGCGCUCGCGACGGUUGGACACGCCGCCUUGGUGAUCGUCCAGAGCGCUCAAAGUGUCUCCUUCAGUUGGAACGAGCAGACUCAUUCCUGUGCGAUGGUCCACUCGAGCAACAUCACGAUGUUCGUCUUCUAUCUCUAUACCAUCGUGAUGGACCUCACAAUCCUCGUGCUCACGUUCUGCGGCUUGUGGAGAAUAGCGGCCCUGAAGAGUGCGAUCGGUAGCUCGUUGUCUGAGCAGUGUCUUUGGUAUUGCAUCGGCACCUUCCUCUGCAAUAUCCCUGCAGUGAUUCUCCCAAUCCUGAAUCUGAAUGCUGUGAUGAACGUCAUGGCUUCCAUGCCAGCGACGACAUUGAGCGUCGUCAUGUCCUCCAACGCUGUGCUCUCUCUACGACCAGAGGAAAUGAAUGCGACAACUGGCGCUUGCGCCCCCCACCAGGACCCGCCUGCGCUCCCGACGGGGCUUGCCGUCGGCGUUGGAGGCAUCAUGACGUCCACUCAGUGUGCGCUCACGACGCAGAUCGCUCUCGAAUCGUGCACGGACACAAGCAACGUUGACUCAGAAGUCUCGUUUAGUGCCCGCUCGAGAAAAAGUACGGAAGGGACCGCCGCUGGUGUCGCAUAAUCUGGCUGUCCGUCCCGGCUCCGCAACACUUGCUGCUCAAGUCGCUCGUCACGGUUAUCCAUCGCAUAUAUCCUCUUGGGUUAUCCGGCGUCAGCUAGCGAGCGCGUGGAACGAGCCUCACUGGUCCCGCCUCCCUAUCCGAUGCUACCCCCGCGACAGGCCGACCCGCCUCCUGACAGAUGUCUGCACACUCGUUAAGCUGCAUAGACGGAGUUUCAUUUUGCAUUUUUCGGUACAUGAGACUUAUCAUAUCUACUGAGUACGACACGCGUUGCACUCGGCUUAAUGUGAAUUCCAUACGCUCCUUCUCACCCCGAUGUUUGGAUACUCUCCACCACGCUACCUUCUGAAUUGGUUGGAAUAUGUCCAGGGAUCGAUAUCGUCCUGGUUUCUGCUAUAUGGCUACUCCAGAGACCAGGAUUGCCUGUCCUCAACUAUGUUCGAUAGCAUCACUAUGCACCUGUCAGGAUCUUGCCAAGCAUGUAUAGCACUAUAGUGGCUCCCUCUACCUCGUCGCUCGUUC